AAUCCAUGCCCUUACUGGGAAGACAUGGAGCACUAUGUGCACUGUCUGCGCGAACCAAGUGGAAAGCUCAGCUUAAACGCGUAAAACAUUUCUUCAGCGAGGAAACAGCCGUUUUGACAGAAUAAGGGGAGAAGAAGGUCGGCCCGUUUGAGGAUGGAGUGUGCAUUUGACGCACAGAACCUGAUCUCUAUGUCUUUGCGGAAAAUCCAGAGCUCCAGGACGCAGCGAGGCGGCAUCAAGCUCCACAAGAACUUGCUGGUAACCUACGUACUCCGAAACGCCAGGCAGUUUUACAUGAGCAAGAACUUCACGCCGGCGCAGAGGACGCACCAGUACGAGGAUGCGAGCGCGGUCUGCGAGAGGCAAGAGCGCCUGGAGCUGAGCGGCAGGUUCGCCGAGUUGGCCGACGACUUCUACUGCAACUUCGGCGCGGUCGAGUCGGACUCCUGGCACUGCGGAGCGCACCAGCAGCCCGGCAGCGCGUCCGCAGAGGCGGCGCACCAAGAAGCCUCCUCCUGCGCCAUGCUCCCAGCCGGCGUCUCCAGCCUCAUGGUGUCGGACGCCUGUUGGAGUUGCGCGGAGAAAUCCCCCUGGGAGUUACCUGUUCCGAACACGCAAGCCAACCAGAAGACUGUGCUGGACUUGGACACGCAUGUGGUGACCACUGUCACCAACGGAUACUUCCACUCGGACUGUUGCGCGCCGCCGAAGCAGCCGCAGGUUUACAGCAAAAAGCGGAAGCUGGACUCAAGUUAUCACAUCGUCGACCCAGAGUUUUAUUUGCCGGACUUGGGGCCGGCGCCGUGCAAAAGGAUGAGGACUGACGACGACUCGCACUCGGACUCGGAACAGUUGGACCCGACGAACAUCUCCAACCUGAUCUCGGUGCUGGGUUCGGGGGGACUAUCCGAGUUCAUGAGCUGGCAGCAGACGGACCUUGAGCAGAUAUUCGCCGCUCAGACAAUUUGCUUGAAACACACAUUGUUAACAGGCAGCGGAUGGACCAGAGCAAUCGAGGCGUUUUGA